CAGUCGUAAUCUGAGCAGCCUAUUCCUUCGCCCAAACUGUGCAUUAAUAGAAGCCUCACUCACAGCCCGACUGGUCAUCUGAUACAUCUCAACAGCUGUAAGUGCUGCUGCUUGCCUCCCCCAACCCUCUCCUCGCUACUCCUCUUUGCCACUGCAGGGCUGACAUUUGAACAUGCUUAGAUACGCCAAGACUUUGGAAGACAACUCAGAUGACUUGCAGUGUUCCUUGUCACCAGCAGAUUAAUCCAGAACCGGCCUGCACUACUGCGUCUUGGCCUAAGCCUCCCAGCCAUGACCGAAGGCAAGGCUUUGAAAGUCCGGGUGACUUUUACCAUCAUUUUGAUAGGCAUCGUCUUAAUGUUCACAGCGGUGGUGACGGACCACUGGGCCGUGCUGAGUCCUAAGGUAGAAGAGUACAACGCUACCUGCGAGAUGGCCCACUUUGGACUCUGGCGGAUUUGUAUAAAACGGAUCUUCAUGAAAGAAAAUGAGACGGACAAAGAGCAGGGUUGUGGGCCAUUAAGCCUGCCAGGAGAACGCAACUGUUCAUAUUUCACACACUUUGUCUCAGGAGAGAGCACGGAAAUAUUUGAAGUAUCAACUCAAAGAGAAUACAGUAUUUCUGCAGCUGCCAUUGCCAUCUUCAGUGUCGUCUUUUCCAUCAUUGGAACAAUUCUUGUCCUGCUAUCCUUCAGGAAAAAGAUGGAUUAUCUCCAGAGGCCAGCUUCCAUGUUUUAUACAUUUUCAGGCUUGUGUAUUAUUGUAUCUGUGGAAGUCAUGAGGCAAUCUGUGAAGAAGAUGGUGGACAGCGAUGAUACUGCCUGGAUUGAGUACUACUACUCCUGGUCUUUUGUCUGUGCCUGUACUUCUUUCGUCCUGCUCUUUCUCUGUGGAGUUGCUCUCCUCAUCAUCUCCUUGCCUCGCAUGCCUCGAAACCCAUGGGAGACUUGUAUGGAUGCUGAGCCAGAGCAUUAAGCCACGGCAACUCCUAUUGCCACUUAAGUAACAUCAUAUCCUCCUUGAUUACCAGAAGGUCAGCUAUAUAUAGAUAUUUGAACAGACCUCUGGACUCAGUGUUCAGUGCCUGAAACAUUUUGGGGUAAUACCUGUUUAUAGAAUCAAACCAGAGUUUAACGCGAAGACAUUUUCUAAUGUGUUAAAGUUGCCAGCUGUAACAACUUUUAUAAAUAAUUGUGCUCUUAGGCGUCACCAAUUCGUAAUGCUGACCCCUGAAUAUAGUUGAAGAUGGGGCGAUGUUUCUCCAGCCAAGAGGGAAAUGUAUUUUGUCCACCCACUCUUGACAAAGUAUAUGUGGAAGUGAGAUGUGUAAUCCAUAUUCUGGCCACCAUGUAAACGAUUUAUUUCAUCUGGGGGGGGGGGGGGCAACUGGAUGAGUGAACAUCUGUAAAUAACGCUACGAUCAGUUUGUGGAAUAUGUGAUGUUCUUGAGUGCAUUAUAAAUAAUAAUAAUAAUAAUAAUAAUAAUAAUAAUAAUAAUAAUAAUAUGUUCUUGAAAGCUUUCAUGGCCGGAAUUAUUGGGUUGCUGUAGGUUUUUCGGGCUGUAUGGCCAUGUUCCAGAAGCACUCUCUCCUGACCUCAUAUCCUACAUGCACAAUGGAGAACCUUCUUAUAGUAACACCAGAGGCACUCCAAGUGGCCAGCUACUGGUCAAAGGACAUUUAAUCAACUACCAAGCUUGCAAACUUUGUGUUUUGUUUGUUUGUUUAAAAUGCAAUACAACUGUUUGGUUUGCUCCUGACACGAUAAAUAAAUAACCUCUGAGGUUGCCUGCCAUAGAUGCAGGCGAAACAACAGGAGAGAAUGCUUCUGGAACAUGGCAAUACACCCUGAAAAACUUACAACAACCCAACGAUUCAUAAUAAUAAUAAUAAUAAUAAUAAUAAUAAUAAUAAUAAUAAUAAUAAUAUGUCAAGGCUUUGGAUAACACUGGGAUGGAAAAGUUCUCCUCAAUGUUCUGCUACUUUGUGCCCACUUUUAUGACCUACUUCUUGUCUCCACUGAGUCCAUUGAGAUAUCACAGUACAAGGAAAUGCUGACGGUGGUGAAAUUAUACUGCUCAAUAUGCCAUUAUUUUUUAGCAGUAUCAAUAUAUGCCAGGGUAGGUGUGCUGGAUCCUAUACUUGCAAAGAGGGCACUGCAAACAUUGUGUGAUUUCUGGUUGGUUCCCCAUGUUCCAAGUCAAAAGGGAUGGAGGAUAGUGGGGUGUGUGCUUACCAAAUGACUUGCUGCAUUGAAGAAGGCAUUUGAGCAACAUCAAGAGAAAUGAUUCAACUGCACCUACGCAAGGCUCUAGCUACUUCUCUAGUUGAAACACUGCCGCCUCCUCAAAGUCUCAUUUUUCUAAAGCGCAUGCUGAGCAGCAAUGGAGAAUAUUUGGGCCUCCAAAUUUUGUUGAACUGUAAUUCCCAUUAUCUCUCAUAAUUGGUUAUGAUGAUUAAGGAUGUCAGAAGUUGUGUUUCUGUCUGUAAAAUUAUACCUCCCCCAUUCUUUAUUUACCAGGGGCAACUACAAAGUUGACAUUAGCUUGGGGAAAUAUUUCAUCUUUUAUUAAAGUAGUUGGAUAUCGCCA